CCGCGGCGGUAGCGAGCGGGGCCGGACUGGGACCAGAACGGGACCGGGACCGCCUGCCCUGCACGGACUGGGGCAGCCUGGGACCGACGUCCCCUGGGAGCCGAUCCCUGAGAUACCCUUGGCCGCCGAGAGAUAAAAUCCAAGAAAGAAGAAUACAUGACAGUAGCAGCAGAGGGACCUUGAAGUUCCUUGAUUGAAUCUCACCUUGUAUAAGAGCUGUGUCCUUUCUAGACCUAAAAAACCACUCAACUCACAAGUGUUUAACUGAAGCCAUGGCAACAGGGGAUCCAGCUGUAUUCCAAGAAUCAUCUCAGGACGUGAAGCAAAGAAACAAACCCUUGAUGAAGGGCAUGGCAACUCAGGAGAAGGCAAUGAUCACAUUAGAUGCCAUGAAGAUGUUAGCUCCACAUCAGUUAAAACCUGAUAAUGUUGAGACAGAAAGAAUCAUAGCUGUCUUGGAUGAGACAAUUGCCAAGCUGGAGAUGAGCAGUUUGAUACCACAUAUUAUUAACUCUCUGGAUAGGUUUGCUGAUAUGCUGGGACCUGAGAUCACAAACAGCCUGACUGAGCACCAAAAGCUUUCAAAUGAAAUGGAGCAUCUGCUUGUCAGGUCUGAAGAAGAGGACACCAUGACAGCUGAGGAGCAACGGGGCUGUCUCUGCUUGCUAGAGCAACAUCUGAAAUGUUCUGUUAGAAACGUACUGAGACUCUUACUGGCCAACCCUUCAGUUUGCCACAUUCUGAAAUAUGAAGCCUGGGCAAGAAAGUCGCCAGCUGAAGUGUUCAUCAAAGCUUUUGGGGACUUCAGGAAUUUCAUGCUCGAGAGACUCCUGACUAGUCCUGUGGAAGAGGAAAGAAAGAUUCAGAUCAAGGAGGACAUUUUCCUCCAGAUUAAGAAAAACACUGAAGCAAUCACAGCUUUACAAGCAGAACUGGCAGCAGCAAUCCGGACUCAAGAGGAGGAGAUUCACAGGAGGGACAAUGUGAUCAAAGACCUCAAAACCAGCAUGCAAGAUCUGUCCAAAGACUGCGAGGCUGGCAUCCAGCAGAUCAAGCAGCAAGGAGAACAACAGCAAAAAGAGGAGCUGCAAGCCUCCCAGGCCAAAUGUACCAGGCUACAGCAGGACAUUCAGCGGCUACGAACACAACUCAGUGCACUUGUACUGGAGCAUCGAGCAUCAGAGCUGGCUCUCAGAAAGAGGAAGUGCAGACUGGAGAAGGAAAUUGUGAACUGGAUCGAGAAAUACGACACAGACAUGGGAGAAAAACAGGCUGAGUAUGAGGAGGUUCAUGCUGCCUAUGCCAAGGAGAAGGUCCAACUAUCCCUGCUGAAAGAGAAACACGCGGUCCUUCUCCAGGAGUAUUCCCAGAUUGAGGAAGAGCGCAGGAUACGUCAGGAGAAGGAGGAGCAGGCUUUGAAAGAGUUGACCACCAUGACCCUUGCUGCCACCCGCAUCCAGGCCUUCUGGAGAGGCUACUUGGUCCGGUCCCUCUUCAAGUCAAAAAGGAAGAAGAAGAAGGGCAAGGGCAAGAAGACCAAGAAAUAAAGCACAAAAUCUAUUAUCUGUCCUCCUGGCAAAGCUUCUGACUCUGCUCGGCCUGAGCUGUUCUAGAUAAAAGCAUUAGGUUGGAGUGAUCGUUUGCAUUCAGGCCUCUAGGGCUGGGGCUGCCUCUCACAGUUGGAGUAUAUUAGAGCUGCGGUUCCAAUAUACUCCAUUUUAGGUCUCCUCAAUGCAAGGAGACUCUGCAAGGAGUCUCCCGGUGAAGGGACUGAGCCAGGAGCACAGGUUCCUGUCUUGUGGCCUUGGUUGUAGUCUCCUUGUUUAUAUUUCGCUUGUGUGUCAGGGCCUCAUUCUGUUCUUACUGAAGGUGGCAAUAAAAUCAUUCCAGGGUCAAGA